GGACACGCUGAUUAUAGCCGAAACUCAAACUAUAACUAUAUCCACACAUAACUGAGUGAGUUAAUAUCCAAAAUGGUGCACCCAAUAGCAGAAGCCAACGAUCAUAGCCCCUUCGGAACCCUAACUCCUGAAGAAUUCUACACUCGCCACUCAGUGACUCACGCCUCCGAGUUCAUAACCAACUCAAGAGGUCUUAAACUCUUCACUCAGUGGUGGAUCCCUAAUCCUCCAACCAAACUCAUCGGAACCCUCGCCGUCGUCCACGGCUACACCGGCGAAUCCAGCUGGACUGUCCAACUCUCCGCCGUCUACUUUGCUAAAGCCGGAUUCGCCACUUGCGCCAUUGAUCAUCAAGGUCAUGGUUUCUCUGAUGGUUUAAUUGCUCAUAUUCCUGAUGUCAAUCCCGUUGUUGAUGAUUGUAUCUCGUUCUUUGAAUCGUUUCGAUCUCGAUUUGAUUCAUCUUUGCCUUCGUUUCUGUAUUCGGAGUCUCUUGGUGGAGCUAUCGCGCUUUUGAUAACUCUCCGGCGAGGCGGAUUGCCGUGGAAUGGACUUAUCCUCAACGGUGCUAUGUGUGGAGUUAGUGAUAAAUUCAAACCGCCGUGGCCUUUGGAACAUUUUCUCUCACUCGCAGCUGCGGUGAUUCCGACGUGGCGCGUAGUUCCCACGCGUGGAUCGAUUCCGGAUGUUUCCUUUAAAGAGGAGUGGAAGAGGAAGCUUGCAAUUGCGAGUCCGAAGAGGACAGUGGCGCGUCCACGUGCUGCGACGGCGCAGGAGUUGUUGAGGAUUUGUCGGGAGCUGCAGGGGAGGUUUGAGGAAGUGGAUGUGCCGUUUCUUGCUGUGCACGGUGGCGAUGACAUAGUUUGCGAUCCGGCGUGUGUAGAGGAGUUGUACUCACGCGCCGGUAGUAAAGAUAAGACGCUGAAGAUAUAUGAUGGGAUGUGGCAUCAGUUAGUUGGGGAACCUGAAGAGAAUGUGGAGUUGGUGUUUGGUGAUAUGUUAGAGUGGCUUAUCAAACAUGCUCAACGCGCCACCGUGGACGGUGCCACUUAGUGCAUGUUGGUUCGGUGGUGAGAUUUAUGAAAUUAUGGAAGUCGUUGUAACUUCGAUAAAAACGAUUAUUCAAACUUCAACAAAAUCAUAGUGUUCCAGUAAUUUUAUAAGAUGUAAUAAAACUUAGACUGAGGUUCAGGCUGUUGUACUGUUUAUCAUAUAAGUAUCAUCUUGUGAUAUAAACGAUCAAUAAUAAUAUUGGUGGGUUUAACUGUCUCUAAA